UCGGAUGAACCCAUUUCAGAAGAAGGUGUUAAAUGCUCUAUGGACUCAGUAAUGCUUGGAGGAAAAACAAGGUUGGAAUCAAGUGUCACUAAGAUGGUGGUUCCAGUACAAACCGUGUCACCGUCCAUUAUUCAGUGCGAUAUACCGUCGAUACCUUCGAUUCCAAAUGAGAAUAUGCAAGGGCCCAAACUAUGGAGGAUCAAAUUGGUGUCCCAUGAAGGUGUAGAACUAAGUACACCAAGUGAAACCAUUGUGUUCGAUUCUGUGUGCUGGGACUGCAGUGGUUUCUCCAAGACGUGCGUCAAAAAGUAAAUGAGCCACCAUUCUCCACUAGACCACGAAAAAAGUUUUCGGCGAUUGCUGGCGAGCAAUUCAACUACCAAAUCGUUGCCGCGGACCCCGAGGGCUCCCAGCUGACAUUCUUCAGCCCAUAUCGGGACUUGGUUGUGACGUCAGAGGGUAGGAUCACGUGGAAGGCCGCUUCCAACUCCUUGGACGGCUCGCCCAGUGUGUCUACAUUUAAGAUACUGAUAUCAGACGAAUGUGACGCAACUUCAACUUUUGUU